GCGGCAGUGUGUGUGAGGCGCCGUGGGAAGCAGGAUCGCGAGGCAGAGCGAGUGUGAGCGGCUCGUGCGUUUUGUUACCUUCGAGGUGCGGUCGGAGGAGAAAAAUAAAAUUCUUCAUAUAUUUUAAACAAGAACAGUCCGCUCUGUGGCUCUGAAAGAGCGCUUCACAAAAGCACUCCCUUCCGGCAGUCCGUUUGGCGAGUCCAGUCUCGUGUGAAGCCGCUUUUGUGAGCCCUGCGGAAAAUCACGCUGAGCAACAAUGGUGGACCGAGAGCAGCUGGUGCAGAGAGCGAGGCUGGCCGAGCAGGCGGAGCGGUACGACGACAUGGCCUCUGCCAUGAAAGCGGUGACUGAACUAAAUGAGCCCCUCUCUAAUGAAGAUAGGAAUCUUUUGUCUGUUGCUUACAAAAAUGUAGUGGGUGCCAGGAGGUCUUCAUGGAGAGUGAUAAGCAGCAUUGAACAAAAGACCUCCGCAGAUGGCAAUGAGAAAAAGUUGGAGAUGGUGCGAGCAUACCGUGAGAAGAUUGAGAAGGAGCUGGAGACAGUGUGCCAGGACGUCUUGACCCUUUUGGAUAAAUUUCUCAUCAAAAACUGUAACGACUCACAGUAUGAGAGCAAAGUCUUCUACCUGAAAAUGAAAGGCGACUACUACCGCUACCUGGCUGAGGUGGCCACAGGAGAGAAGAGGUCAUCAGUGGUGACAUCCUCUGAGGAGUCAUACAAGGAGGCCUUUGAAAUCAGCAAGGAGCACAUGCAGCCCACUCACCCCAUCCGACUGGGCCUGGCUCUCAACUUCUCGGUCUUCUACUAUGAAAUCCAAAACGUCCCUGAGCAUGCAUGCCUUCUAGCCAAGCAAGCAUUUGAUGAUGCCAUUGCUGAGCUGGACACUUUAAAUGAGGAUUCCUACAAGGACUCCACUCUCAUCAUGCAGUUGCUACGAGAUAACCUGACCCUCUGGACAAGUGACCAGCAGGAUGAUGAAGCAGGAGAAGGCAACAACUGAAGAGCUUGUAGCGCCUCAGAUCACCACCAUCACCAUCCCAUUCAUAGUCAUUUUCGUCUCCCCAUCUCAGGUCACCCCACCCCACUGUCACACUGCGUAACUUGAUUCUGCUCAUGCCUGCUGUUGGCACAGCUGUUUUUAUCUGCUGUCUCCCCAUCCAAGUACAAUCAUUUAUCUAAAAUAAUGUCUUCAUUGGCAGUGUUGGGUUUGUGUUGGCAUUUAAAGCCCCUUUGCUGUAGUCACAAUUGAAUUGUGCCAAUUAUUAAAGUUUGCAAGUGAGGCAUAUCAUUUUACAGGCCAAUUUAAAAUAAAGAUUGAGAAUAUUGAUCUUCAUUCAGUACUAGUGAUGGUAGAAUUAUUUAAUGACAAGUAUAGAAUCCAGUUGGAAAAUAGCUCUGUAAUGGAUGGGAUGCUGGGCAGAUAUAUCUGGUAAUAUGCCUUGUGCAUGCAAAACAAAACUUGAUUAAAAUAACAAAUCAAAAAUAAUAAAGAUCAUGUUUAUUGAACCUAUUGAAGAGGGACAGAACUGUCACA